AUGCAUGCUGUCUUUCUACCCCCAACCCAAAAUCACGCCAGUCAACCCUAUGUUUUAUACGAAAUGAUUUCUCCUGAUUCGAUAGUGCCCCAUAAUGUUUAUUGUGGUCUAGUGUCUGUUGGUAUCGGUCAAGUGUGUACAUUUUUAACCAAUGUUUAUCUAGAAAAUAGUACAAUACCUGUAUAUCAAAAUGUUUAUUUCCUAUCAUCAGGGGAGGUGAUAAAAAUCUCUCAGGGGCCGAACAACUUCAAUAUGAGUAUUAUUAUUACGCUAGGGACCAUGGACACGAUGCCCUUUGGUGGUUACACGUUUAGACAUUCAUUUUAUGACGUUAGUACCAACAAUAGUUAUUUCACUCUAUACGCGUAUGACGACAACGAAACACAAAUUCUGGAACUAGGACCCAUUGUUACAAAUCAAUUUGGUACGAGUAAUAUUAUGAGCAAUAAUACUUUACUAGUUGCUAUUCCCGGACAAAAUGCUUCUUGGACUUUGUACACAUAUCAAUUACCUAAAGUUCGUCCCGAUUUGGAUGGCGGUUACGGAAAUCUCGAAAUAAAUUCUACUAAUCCUGGGAUUGACGGCACUGUUGAACCAUUUACCGACACUAGCAUUAACAUCACCUUUAACGAUCAAGUUGAGUUAUCGAGUGCCAACAUUUCUAUCUAUCACACUACUACUAACAACCUUCGACAAUUUAUUAUAUUGUCGAAUAUUGAAUCAUUAGAUAAUUCUGAAGAGGGGAAAUUUUCAGACGCGGUUAGCGGUACACUCUACCUUACUGCAAAUGCCACAUCGACAUUCCUGAGACUUAAUAAAUCCGAGAAAUCGACAUAUAUUUCCGAACUACUAGGCGAAAUUUCUAUCAUGGUACCAGUUCGACUAUCUCGACUAAGUUCAAAUGGGAAUUACCAGCAUAUUAAUGCGGAAACCCCAUCUGAACAAAUAUUUAUUUCCGUUUAUGUGAACAAGCCAAAAAAUAAUAGAAAUGAGAGAAAUGUUUCGGGAGUUUUCGCCGAUUUAAACUUCAUGAUUAAAAACAAACAAGUUACCAGUAUCUCCUAUGGUUCCAAAACAAAUGAUCUGGACCCGAAUUUUGGUUUCAGACCAGUCCGACAAAAGCUUUAA